CAUGAUCAUUCAUACCUGUACAGUUUAACGUGAACAAUAUUCUUUUUUUUAAGAAAUGGGUAAAAUGAAUUGUAAAUUUUUUUUUAUGGAGAUAUAAAUAGAAUUCGUAGCUAUUAGCAUCAGAAUUUCAUGGAUUUGGUAACCGGCUAAAGAGAAACAUUUAUUCCAUUUCGGCUCAAUAACUGUAUAAAUAACUGUGUAUAGCAAGCGGCUUGAAGAGGAGAAAUAAAAUUUGUGAUCUGCGCGAUCGUAGCUGUUAUUUAAUUAUUUUAUUAUAAAUCUGAAUUUUUUUGCACCUUUUCAAAUGGAUGCUCCACAACUCUACUUAGCAUCAGUGGAACUGGAAGUUAGUAAUACACCAUGGUGUGUUCGUAGUCAAUUUGAUCCUGUCGCUCAUGGUUUAGACGCCUCAUUCCGCCUUACUAAGUUUGCAGAGAUGCGAGGAUGAGGGUGUAAAGUCCCCCAGGAAGCCUUAAAUAAGCUCCUGGAGGGGCUAGAUCAAGAUGGUUACAUUUCCGAUGUCGGUGAGCAAUUUAUGCAAGUACCUGUCACUAGGGUCGGCAUUGGUAUGGACUGUAGUGUCACUCCUACGAGGCAUGGCUUAUCUCUAGUACAGACAACCGAUUACUUUUACCCGCUCUGUGAUGAUCCCUACUUGAUGGGACGGAUCACGUGCGCGAAUGUUCUCAGUGACUUGUACGCCAUGGGUGUUACAGAUUGUGACAAUAUGUUGAUGCUCCUUGCUGUCAGUAAUAAGAUGACCACCAUUGAGAGGGACGUUGUCAUUCCUAUAAUGAUGAAAGGGUUUAAAGAUUGUGCAAAUGAAGCGGGAACUAAUGUGACGGGAGGUCAAACCAUUCUCAAUCCUUGGCUGACGAUAGGUGGGGUUGCUUCUUCUGUGUGUCAACAGAAUGAUUUCAUUGUUCCUGACAACGCCGUGGUGGGAGAUGUUUUAGUCUUGACGAAACCACUGGGCACUCAAAUCGCUGUGAGUGCCUAUCAGUGGUUGGACGUGCCCGAGAGGUGGAACAGAAUCAAAUUGGUAAUCACGAAGAGUGACGUCGAAAAAGCAUAUCAGAGGGCCAUUGACGUCAUGGCACGCCUUAAUCGAGUAGCCUCUCGCCUCAUGCACAAAUACAACGCCCACGGAGCGACGGACAUCACCGGUUUCGGACUUCUUGGUCAUGCACAAAAUCUCGCUAAAAUCCAAAAAAAUGAAGUGUCUUUUGUAAUCCAUAAUCUUCCUGUCAUUGCGAAAAUGGCAGCUAUCGCUAAAGCCUGUGGUAGUACCUUUCAACUAUUGCAAGGACAUUCUGUAGAGACCUCCGGGGGUCUUUUAAUCUGUUUGCCGCGCGAGCAGGCGGCUGCGUACUGCAAAGAAAUCGAAAAACAAGAGGGCUUUUCCGCUUGGAUUAUCGGUAUCGUCGAGAAAGGCAAUCGCAACGCUAGGAUCAUCGACCGGCCGAGGGUGAUCGAAGUACCUUCUAAAGAAAAAGACGGAGAGCUUUGGUGAAAAACUCUUGCAUUCAAUUGUAAUAAUAGGUAGCGCUGUAUGGAGUUAUGAUUCUAUUCUACUAAAUCUUAAUAAUAGAAUAGAGGAUGUCCUACUGUAUAGCAAUACUUUGUGACAACUAAAAUAAAUGCCGCUUUGUGUGUAAUUAUUCUUCUUUACUAUUUACUUGAUAAUUUACAAUAAUUAGUGUCUAAUAAAGUUUUUUAUUUUCGUACA